UCUCAGUCACUUGUAAAACAAAAUAAACAUGAGUGUCUUAAAUAUGGAAAUCGUAGAUCUAAAAACGCUCUCUUUUAAUUCCUCGCAGUUCCACAAUAUUCUUUGGUUUUGCACAAUGGGUUUAGACAGGCUCUUUCAAAUCCAACUCAGGAAAUCUAGAAAUCACAAAUAUGAAAAUCGAUGAGAGCGCAUUGCUGUGGAUCCUGUGGUUGAGGAAGGAGAGUGCAGAGGAUGAGAGAGGCACGCACUGAUUUUUUCCUUAUAUAUCAAACAACCUUUGUUCUUUCAAAGUGUUCCUCCUCAGCAACUCAAUAAUGGAUCAUGGCAGAGAAAACUCAAAGGUACCCUUUGGAGAACAAGAACAAUACACUUUUCCAUAUUUUUCCUACCCUUCUUUCAGCCUCUUCAUUGCAAAUAAUCACACCCUUUUAAGCACAUUCUGCCCCAUGUUUUCUACCAUGGAAUUCAAUGAUCUUAACAAUUCCAAUUGCUUCACACCAAAUGAAGACUCAUCUGGCUAUUGUGAUGUUCUUGGGGAGCAUUCUAGUGCCAAGUCAGACACAGAUUCAUCCAAUGAGGGAGUUGGUGAUGCAUCAGAUGAAGAAGUGAUGAUGAGUUUGGAUGAGUUGCUGUUUGAUGGAAAAACAAAGGAGAAAAUGGAACUAUUGGCUGCAAUGGUUGGAGUUGACACUACUGAUCCAGCAAUUGUGCUGAAUGAAGUAGUGAGAGUUCUCAAGGUUUUGAAGAGGAUAAAUCUGUAUUAGUUAAGUGCUUAAACAAAGUUAAGAAUUUUAGUUGGGCUCAAACAUUUUUUGUACCUUUUGAAAUGUGUCUUAGGUAACACCUAUGAGAUAUUGAGCUUGAGAAAUUUUCAA